AUGAUGAAUGCUUCGUUUAAAAUUCCAAAAAUUAAAAACGAUCGAUCUAUUGCUACUUGUAAAGAUUGUCCAGCAAUCACUAUGAGUCAGUUGGAUAUUUUUCGUAUUUUUAAUAAUUUAACAAUUUUAUUUAUUGGUGAUUCUUCAAUUCGUACAUUGUAUCGAGAUUUUACAAAAUUAUUUUCUACAAAUCGUUUAUUAGAAAAUACUGAAGCAACCAUUCAACAUGGUGAAUAUAAAACAAUGCCAGGUGAACAACGUUUAUUAACAGGUGGUGCACGUG